GGAGGCCUUCCGAUAUUGAUCCAGGGUGAAACUUCUGUUGGCAAAACAUCACUUAUUACCUAUCUGGCACGUCGAGCAGGGUUUCCAUGCUAUCGGAUCAACAAUCAUGAGCACACAGAUCUUCAAAUCUACCUAGGUGCCUAUACCGCUGCUUCCGCCAGUGCUCACGUCGCACAAAUCAAUAGGGGUGAAUCUGACGAUUCAGCGCCGCUCAGUAAUCUACCUGCUUCAUCGUUAGUCUUUGCUGAAGGUAUUCUUAUUAGUGCAAUGCGCCUGGGUCAUUGGAUUAUUCUUGAUGAGCUAAAUUUGGCUCCCUCGGACGUGCUGGAGGCCUUAAAUAGACUACUGCACUAG